UAAUUUACAAAUGUCAUGAGCACAAAUCACAUCCGACGCGUCGAGCUUUACCGCCAGCUCGUUAAUUAUUUAAUAUUCGUUUCCUCUCCUAUCGGCUUAUUAACAAUCGUUCUCUUUUUGAAAACGGAAUACGAAUCGAAAAAACCAUCAACUGAUAAAGUGUUUAAUGAAAAAUUAAUAUGUUUCGUUUUUUGUUUCAGGUUUCCUCGGGAACAACAAACGUUACCGAACCAUUUCUACUUCUCAGACUUUGAGAGGCAUACCGCAGAGAUUGCGACAUUUCAUUUAGACAGGUUGCUGGGAUUCAGAAGAGCGAUGCCAGUGACUGGACGGACGCUAAAUAUAACGACUGAAAUUUAUCAGAUUGCGGAUGAAGAGCUGCUUAGAACGUGGUUCAUCUCCCCUUCUAACAACAUGUGUUUUCACGGAAAGUGCUCUUACUACUGCGAUACAAGCCACGCGAUUUGUGGUAACCCGGACACCCUCGAAGGCUCUUUCGCCGCCUACCUCCCUCCGAAGAAUAUCGGCGCGAGAAAAGUAUGGAAACACCCUUGGAGGCGUUCUUAUCAUAAAAGAAGAAAAGCACAAUGGGAGCAAGAGUCUGAUUACUGCAACCUUGUAAAAGGUCUCGCGCCGUACAACACCGGCCGUCGCCUGCUGGACCUGAUGGACAUGUCAGUCCUGGAUUUUCUAACGGGGAACAUGGACCGGCACCACUACGAGACAUUCAAGGUGUUCGGAAACGACACCUACCCAUUGCAUUUGGACCAUGGCCGGGGUUUCGGAAGGCCUUACCACGACGAGCUGUCGAUUCUCGCUCCUCUUCUCCAAUGUUGCCUCAUCAGGGAUUCGACCUUGAAAAGACUUCUCGCAUUCCACAACGGAGAGAAGAAAUUGAGCGAGCUGAUGCGGGAUUCGAUGUCAGUCGACCCGGUGAACCCGGUCCUUUGGGAGCCCCACUUCGCCGCCAUGGACCGCAGGGUGAACAUCAUCCUCCAAGCCGUCAGAGACUGCCUUUCGAAGAGUUCCUCCAACGACUCGGAACUUCCGCAGAGCAUCGUCGUCGAGAUGCCCGGCUCCUCGGGGAAAAACUGACCUGGCAGGCGGCAGGGCGAAGCGGACAGUCGUCUUCCACCUUUCCGACUACGCCUCGCAACAAUUUUCCACCGUUUUGAAAUUUUGAUUAAUCCGAGUACUUAAAAUUGUCAUCGCUUCGCCCUUUCCCGCCGACUCUGGUCAUCUUGAUAAGACUUAAACGGAGAGAGUAUUUUUUUCUGCAAAUCGAUUUAACCGUGCCUAUGUCACAAUCGGUCAAUUACCCUGGAUGUGACGGACUCUUUUUUUAUAUGAAUCAAUUAUUUUGUAAGAAUUUGAAAUUUAGGAAAUGUGGCCCUUCAUUUCUUUAUCUCUCCCGAUCAUUUUUUUGUUAAAUGAGACAAUUUGAAAAAUAAUUUCGUGAAACCGCGCACGAAUUUUUAAAGUGAAGAUCUAAAAACACACAUUGAAGUUCGUCCGCCGAUGUAUUUAUUAUUUUUUUCUUCUUGUUCCGUUUUGUACGUUAAAGCACGUGAAUAAAAGCACAACGGUGCCUGGAAUGAAGAAAAUGUUUUAACUAGCUGACAAUCGUUCCACUGGUCUUCGCUCGAUUCCCUUCGGCCACUGGAGUGAAUCGAAGUACUUAAGCUCAUUUAUCUAACCAGAUUAUAUUUAAACCUUUUAUUCCAAAAACACCGGUUGUGUUUUAAAGAGGUUUUUAACAAUCCUAUAAGUCAUAUUUUAUUAUUCAGAAGGUUGCUGUCGAUUUCGUGCUUUAACGUUUUUAACAUUUAGGAAACAUGAAGCCGAUUUAAUUUUCUCUUUUUAUUUGUGUCUUUUUUUAAGUUAAAUUUAUUAAUUAAAAAUGUAUAAAAUUGGUUAAUCGCAUUUAUCUUCGCAUUAAUGACGCCGAAAUAUAAAUUUCUAAACAAUAUUAUACGUAAGCAUGUAAACCCCAUUUUCUUCUUGUGAAUUGACUUCGACCGGGGAGCUUUUUAAUCUUAAAACACGAUUGUUCCGCCGAAUCUGUUGAUAUAAUUUUCAAGUUGAGAAAACAGUUAGUUACCUAAGAUAUGCCAAAAAAAGUUAAGUGUUUAAUUUGUGAAAAUAAUAUCGAUUAAUUCAAAAUUUAAAGUCCGGUCCAGUUUGUAAAAAAAAAGUUAUAAAGUAAUAUUGGGUAAUAACUAUUUUUGUAUUGUUGAAUGCUGUGAUGUAAACUUUUGUCACCUAUUUUUUUAUUAUCAAUAUUUCUUUGCGAAUUUUGAUUAGAAACGAAUUUAUCCCGUUUUUCCUUUUUGAAUUGACAAAAUAUAAAAAUUUGUUUAUUUGGGAACAAAAUCUGGUUGUUUUAGACGCGUUCUCUUGUUUAUCUGAUAAAGUUUAAAGUUGUUAAAUGAAUAUUUAUGUAUAUAAAUAGGAAAAAAAAGUGCCAGUGUGAGUGUUGUAAUUACGUGUAUAUAUUAUGUAUUUUGGGUUCGUUGUAUAUACAUAUGUAUAUGGACAAAGGAAAACGGUGUCUAGAUGUGUACAUAUACACCCUUCUAGUCAAAUAGAAACUGUUUCGAAAUUAAGGGUAUAUUACUUUAAAAUACAAUUCAAUAAAAAGAGA